CUACAUAUUUUAUAUAUAACAGUUUUUUAUUAUUUUCAAAUACGGCAAUUUAAAAGUUUUGUUUUUCCUAUAAUUUCCCGCUUUUAAACACAUGGGCUUAAAGAAAUUAUUUACUGUACAUCCUUUUGAUGCCACAAUAUCUCUGUGGUGUUGCCUAGAACCACCACAAGGUGUCAUUAUAUGCAUAUAGGUGCUACACUCAAUGCUGAUGAAAAUGAAGAUUUUAGAUAUAGGUAGGUUUGAUUAAAUACACUAUCUUAGGACUUGCUUAAGAAUUUGAUCCAGAUUUCAGAGAUUUUUAUUAUAAAGUCAACUAAUAAAUAGAUCGAUUAAAGUAGUUUUACAUUCUCAAACUGCUAUGAUUAUGAUACCAAAAUCUGCACUUGGAAUUUGCUAGCAUUUAAACUUUCAAGCUUGUAGACAGUAUAUUGCCUAUAUAUAAAUCCAUUUUGUGCGAUCAGUAUUGCUUCAAAUCCCACAAAUGGAAUAGCAUUAUAACUAAAAUUGAUUGAUUCUGUGAAACUAGUCCGACACUGGGUUGAAACUCAAUUGGAGCAUUGCUAAGAAAACAGGUCCUAUUUCCCAUUACUCUGAGGGUUAACUUUGAACACCUAUUGCACACCUGAUAAGAAUCUGUAAUGCGUCUGCCAUGUUAAAAAGCCACCAAACUGAUUCCACUGACUCUUCCACUGGAUUCUAUAAAUGUGACUGUCUUGUGGACAGGUUCUCUUGAGCUGGUUGCUAUGAGCUAGUUGCUAGGAUACAUAUUGUUACUUCAGUUCUACACAUUCCUCCAAGUUCCUAACUUAAGGGAAUAAUUUAGUCCUCUGGGACACUACAAGGAUUCUGCUCACUGCAGUAAACCAAUCAAUACCUUGACUGGCAGGUAAGGGCAUGGUAUUGCAAGAUGAAUCUUGACAUUGCUUCAUAAAACGUAAGUUUUCAGGAUAGAGGAGCAUUUUUGCCUCAAAUUUGUAUAUGGUUUGCAUUCUCCUGUUUAUUAUAUGAACCAAAUUCUAUUCAGACUUGUGAUGACUACUAUUUGAUUCCUUUUAAGGAUAAUAUUGUAGAGACUAAACUUUUAUUUAAAAUGUGUACUUUUGCUACUGAAUUUUGAGCACUGAACUAUACAUUCAAAGUAAUUUGUUGAAAGGUUUAACUUAGUGCAUUUGGAAAUGUUGGUGCUUACACAUGUUUAAACAGAACGUCUGUUUAGAAGUGGCUAUGUCACUUAAAACCUGAUUUAGGUCUUGUCCCCUAGCUACUGUACCUAUGUACAUUAAAGAAUGCCUACACAUUUCAGUUGAUGAGCUCCCAGAGUUGAUGAGUUCCCAGAAGAGUCAGGAAGGCUUUCAUCCUCGGAAUGGCUUCCAUUUUGGAGCAGGAUAUAAAAGCAACUACCGGCCUGUUGUCCAAUACAACCCAAACCUAGAUAAAAUAGAUAACCCGGCUGUGGGGAAACUCCUCCAAGAUAACUAUGAAUCGACAACAAAUAAACAUUUCCAGCCCCUUCAACUCCCAGAUGGGAAGUAUCCUCUUCCCUGGAGUGUACAUCAGCCAGGCAGUGGGUAUGGUCGAGAAAAGCCUCUAACUUUUCCUACAACCAAAACAGUCAAAAGGGUCCAUUUUGACACAGCCAACCAGGGAGCUGAAGCUGUGAUAGGGCUGGAGCCCAGACAUGUCCCUGUGCUCCACAGUGGAUUUGGAAAAGGCUCCGUUGAAGUGGAAAACGCAAGACACGGACCUCAGUUCAUGUCCACAGAGUAUGGCUCAAAGUACCGCUUCAACAUUCCAGGUCAACCAGAUUUCCUGCAAAAGAAAACAAUUGGAGCCAAAGAAGAGUCAGGAUUUACUGAAGGCUGCCUUGCUAACCCCAUUGUGGAGAAACUAGCAUCUCAGGACAGCAAUCCUGGAAUCAGCAUUAUGAAAGCAGAUUAUAUACCAUCUUCUGUUCCACAUGGGGAUGAAUUUCUACCAGUCCUUUCCAAAGGCUCUGAGCGGGGCUCUGGAUUUAGUCGGCAGAAGGAUCUUCGCCUUGGUUCUUCAGGAGCUCUACCCAUUGCAGAAGCAUCUGGGCCGCUGAGCCAUUCUCAGUUCCAAGGCCAUCAGCGACAGCCUCAAACACAAACCAAUCUUCUAGGACGAGAGUAUGUGGGCAACAAGGAGCCAUCAGGAUUCAGCACCAACAACCUUAAUUAUGUGAUACCUGUGUAUGAUCCAAAUCUGCCCAACAGGUUUUUGACUAGCUAUAAUUCCAAAUUUUAUGAAACCAUUCCAAAGGGAGUGGACAGGGAGGGCUGGACCCGAGGGGGCAUCCAGCCUCAACAAGCAGGUGGCUUUGCUACGAACAACCACGGCACUGACUUAGGAAGUGAUCCUAAUGCUACAGAGACCUUGAGGACUGUUCAUCCCCAUGUUGGCAGGACAAUCACAACUGUUGAUCCAUUCUAUCGCGAUUCUCCCCAUGAUCGUCACUUUGCUGCCCUUCAUCAGACAACCGUCCCCAAUUAACCUCUGUUCAGAAGUGAAAAGCACAGUGAUGUCUUUGGACUUCAAGGAACCACCCUGCAUGCUAAGGAAAGAGCAUCACUAAUUGUACUGUCAUAACGAAUCUGUUUUAUUUUAUAUGGUAUUGUUUUAAAUAAAUUAAGACACAUAUUCGAGCUAUGUCUCCUGUCCUAGAUUAGUACCUUGAAACAGGGAUUAAAUUUUUUGGGAGGGAUACUUAUGGUUUUUAUGGAAUUUCUGCAGCUCUAUAGCUGUACAAACCUUGUGACAUAAUGUGAGUAUCAGACUGGCUGAGAUCUCUUUAUAUCUCUCUAACCACAGAAUAAAGAUA